AUGGCAGCCAGGGCACCGUUGUUUGUGGCUCCUCUGCCUCGGGAUGAACAUGGCAAUUCAAAGAUUCGAAAAGUCCUCAUUGCCAAUCGAGGCGAGAUCGCCUGUCGGGUUGUGGCAACGUGCCGGAGGCUCAACAUUGCGUCUGUUGCGUUGUAUGCCGAAGAGGAUUCUCUCUCACAGCACGUGCAGCUGGCCGACGAAGCAGUCUGCGUUGGGAGCAUCCAGGCCGAAAGCGGCAAUCCUUUCUUGAAUAUCAAACUUCUAGUGGAUGUGGCGCUUUCUGUUCGCGCCGAUGCAGUGCAUCCCGGGUACGGGUAUCUCAGUGAGAAUGCUGGGUUUGCCGACGCCGUACGGAAUGCCGGGUUGAUCUUCAUCGGCCCCAGUGCCCAGGCGAUGUCGACACUUGGGGACAAACGAAGCUCGAAGGACUAUCUCCGUCAGCAUGAGCCCAGCGUCCCCUUAAUCCCUGGGUUUACCGGCUCAAGUCAGAACAUCGCGGACCUAGAGGCCGCCGCCGAGGAGAUCGGGUUUCCGGUCAUGCUGAAAGCGUCGGCCGGCGGAGGAGGCCGUGGAAUGCGAAUCGUGCACGAGCGGUCCAAGCUGAGAGACGAACUGCAGAGUGCCCGGUCGGAAGCCGAGAGGUCCUUCGGCUCCAGCGACUGCAUUCUAGAGAAGUACAUCGAGGCCGGAAAGCACAUCGAAGUGCAGAUUAUGGGGGACUCGUACGGCAACGUGGUAUCCCUCUGGGAGCGUGAGUGCUCCGUGCAACGGCGCCAUCAGAAGAUUAUCGAAGAGACGCCCUCUCCGUUCCUGAAUGCCGAAACACGUGCGUCCCUCUGCGAGACUGCCGUCAAGAUCGGCCGACUGCUCGGGUAUGAAGGCGCCGGGACGGUCGAGUUCGUGGUCGAUGUGAAAGACAGUCGGUUCUACUUCUUGGAAGUCAAUACGAGGCUGCAGGUGGAGCAUCCCAUCACGGAGGAGGUGACAGGUCUGGACGCCGUGGCCCUGCAACUCUACGCUGCCGGCGGAGGAAAUUUCACAGACCUUUCGCCGCUGAAAGCAAUCCCGCAGAACGGCCACGCCAUUGAGUGUCGCCUCUGUGCCGAGGACCCGCAGCGGAACUUUAUGCCUGAGCACGGCACGGUUCGUCUUUGGAGGCCGUACGUCACCAGCCCAUUCGAAGCCAGAGAUGUCAGGUAUGAGUCGGCCAUGCGUUCAGGGGCAGAGGUCUCCAUUUUCUUCGAUUCCAUGAUCGCAAAGAUCAUCGUCUGGGCACCGACACGAUCCGAGGCCAUCGAGAAGAUGGCGCGCGUCAUGGCCAACACGGCUUGCGUGGGCGUCAAAACCAACCAGCUCUUUCUCCAAAGCUGUCUAUUGCACCCUGAGUUCCGCAACCCAGCCUACACCACGUCUUUUAUCCCCAACAAUCUCACCGAACUAUUGAAGAAUCCUUACUCUAUCGGCUCCUUUGACGAGACCUCGAUCCUCUCUCUGGUCGCGGCCUCGUUUCUACGAGAAGAAUUUGAUCCGGCCAAGCCGGAGAAUACGCCGAAACCAUUCAAGCAUGUGCGCAAGGCGUUCAAGAACCAGCGGUAUGACCCCGUCAACGUGAGUGCGAGGAUAGUGCGGCAGAUGGAAUCUCAUGGUGGCCACGCACCAGUCUUGCUUGUUUGGAAGUCCUCGGCCGAGCCACGGAGUGGCAGCAGUCAGAUCGCCCUAAUUCCGCUGGACGACAAGGACGAGUCGGACGAGAAAGAGAAAGACAACAAGGAAAAGGACAAAGCCAAACCAAAGUCGGCAGCGUGGGAGGUCUCGGCCCGGUACAACAGCAUCAGCAACAAACUGAGGACUGGAGCAGUGUCGGGAACGUCGACGCAUGAGAUUGAAUGGAAACGCCGACAGGCCGAGGCUGAGACUGAACCAGCGAGUGCGUGGGUGACGACCUCGGUCAAUCUGAGCGUGGAUGGCCACCCGAUAUCUGGCUAUAUUGUUACCGAUGCACCGUCUACACAGUUCCGGUCAGCCGGUUCCGGCACCGCACAGGAUAUCUCCUGCCACAUUCCUGGGCUGGGGACCUGGUACCGCUUCCGAUGCUAUGACAUCCUGAGCUUCUGCGAGAGCCUGAGAGACGACGUCGCGGUGGCCGACUCGACGCAAUCGACGGCCGUGAAGGCUCCGAUGCCGUGCAAGGUCCUUUCCGUUCUGAAAAAGCCCGGCGACGACGUGACGGCCGGGGAGAUCGUCAUGGUGGUGGAGAGCAUGAAGAUGGAAAUGAACAUUUCCAUGUCGAUGGGGGGCAAGUUCCAAUGCAACGUGGCGAAAGGCGCCUCGGUGGAUGAAGGCAAGGUUCUAUGUUGGGUCGAGUAA